AUGUCAAACAUCCUGUUUCGGGGAUCGACAGGGAGAGUCGAGGGGAGGCUUCCGCGAGAGGUGUGCGCGUUCCUGGCCCCGUUGCUGCAGGAGGGCUUGGUAAAGGCCCACGCGGAGGCGGUGUGCGAUCUGCCGGGCCUGGGAAAGUUCGCGGAGGUGCCGCUCAUGCUGUCCAUCGAGAUCGAGGAGGGGCUGUUCGCCUUGGAACCUGAGGAGGAGCUUUACCGCAACGCGUACUGCCUCCUGCAGUUCGCCCACACAGGUCACAUCGAGCAAGAACAGCCGAAGAGUCAGCAGGCUGUUGCUGCUGCUGCCGAGAAAGGCAAGGCCGACGACCACCAGCAGGCCGAGAAGACGCUAGCGAAGGAGGAGCGGAACGAGAUGGAGGAGGAACAGGAGGAGGAAGAGGAGGUCCGAGAAGAGGACGUCAAGGAGCUCUACGAUGACGAGACCCAGCUGUGCGAGAUGCCGGAGGCCCGGGACCCGAGGCUGUUCGUGGACGGGCUGGCCCUCCGGCGGUACCAGCGGCAGGCGCUGGCGUGGAUGAUCCAGCGCGAGAAGAAGCGGUACGUGACCGAGGAGGACUGCACGGGACUGUCAUCGGUGACGGCGGCGGCCGCCGCCGCCGAUGCCGGGGAAGGCGCGGUGGAGGAGGAGAGCGGCGGCGGCGGCGUCGCCAUCAGGGACGGGCGCGUUCGGGUGGCGUCUUGGGGGGGGGCUUCGUCAAACACGAAACAGGGGGGGUCCGGCGACUGCGGCGGGGGGCCCGGGGUAGCAAUGCACCCGCUGUGGGAGCGGCGAGCGGCGGCUUCGAUCGUGGUCCGGAAGGAGGCGUCUGGAGACUGUCUCGACCUUUUCGGCGGCAGUGGUAUGGGUGAUGAUGAUGAUGAUAGUAAUGCCGGGGGUGGGGGGGACAACCGGGCCCCACAGCUGGUGCUGUCGCAACCCGAGGCCUUCUUCGUGAACGUUUACUCCAGGCGGUUCCAGAGGGAGUUCCCGCCCGCGUCGCUGGGAUGUCGCGGAGGGAUUCUCGCCGACGAGAUGGGGAUGGGCAAGACCGUCAUGCUGCUCUCGCUCAUCCUGUCGGACAAAGAGCGGCGACAGGAAGGCGGUGGUGGUAGCAAUGGGGUCGGGGACGGCGGCGAACAGGAGGACGACGAGAAGGGUCAAGAGGAAGGCGGGGGACCCGCAGCAGUCGGCCGCGACGGAAGCCUCGUGGUCUGCCUGGACGACGACGACGACGACGACGACGACGACUCGGCUAACGCAGCAGAGCACGUCUCCAAGGGCAAGCAAAAGCUCGGGAGCGGUGGUCCCGGCGGCCGUAACGCCGCCACGUCGUCACCGGAAGACGCACUCGCCAACGCCGAUUUGCCCUCGCGUGGGAAGAGGCGCUCUCCCGCAGUGACGGAGGCGGUGCCCUCUUCGGCGGGGUCCGUUGCCGCUGGGAUGAAACGGCGGCGUGCUGCCGCCGCCGCCGUGCGCCUCGAUGAGAGCAACGGCGGCGGUAAGCGAGUGGCGAGGGGUCGCGGUGUGGGGAAGGGAGGGGGAACGCUGGUCGUGUGCCCCUUGUCGUUGAUCGGGCAGUGGAGGGGGGAGCUGGAGAGCAAGACGCGGAAGGGGGCCAUCAGCGUGGGGUUCCACUACGGAGCGGGUAGAAGCAGGCGAGUGUGGGCGGGAACUCGAAAGAGGCGGUGGCUGGGAAUUGGACCAAGGUCCACGCGAGAGCUGUGCCGAAAGGACGUGGUCCUCACGACGUACGGGGUGCUCUCGAGCGAGAUGGCCAAGCACGAGGCCGACGCAACUGCCAGAGAAUCCACCGCACCGGCAACAACGGGAGGAGGAGGGGGGGGAGGAGGAAGUGCAGCACCGGCAGGGGGGCUCCUGGGGGUGCGUUGGAGCCGCGUCAUCUUAGACGAAGCGCACUCUAUCCGCAAUACCAACACAGAGCAGUCCCGAGCUUGCCUUCGGCUGGAGGCUGACCAGAGGUGGGCGGUCACGGGGACUCCCAUCCAGAACAGCCUCGACGACAUGGCCGCCCUCCUGGCGUUCUUGCGGCACGAGCCUUGGAGCGACCGCGGCUGGUGGAGGAAGGUCAUCUCCGACCCAUACAAGGAUGGUGACGCGGAAGCACUUCGUCGGCUGAAAACCGUGCUUGCUCCAAUCCUGCUUCGAAGGACCAAGAGCACGCUCGACUCUCGCGGGCGUCCGAUCGUGGAGCUGCCCCCCAAGACGGUGGAGAUCGUGCGGCUGCAGCUUUCUGCCGAGGAGAGGGAGUUUUACGAGGCUCUCAAGAAGCGCUCAAAGACAUGUACACCCCCUUUUUUCUUUGAACUUCGAAGUACGUGUACCACCUCCUUUGCGACAACUAUCGCGGCGGAAAUGUGUUGUGGCAAUGGCAGCUGA